AUGGGAACUAGGAUUAUUAACUGGAAAAUUAUAGGUCUAAAUGCUUAUGAUAAGAAAGUUGUAGUGAGGGAUUUGAUAUCACUUCACAGGUGCUUUAUUUGUACCAUUCAGGAAACUAAAAUAGCGGCAACGUAUUCGUGGUUUGUAAGGCAACUUUGGUAUGACUCUGACUUGGGAUUUGAAGUUCUUCCUUAUCAAGGUAGUGCUGGUAAUAGUGGUGGACUUCUCACUAUUUGGGAUAAUUCUUAUUUGGAGAUGUUGGAUAAAAGAAUGGGUGUUAAUUCUAUCUCUUGCUUAUUUAGAUACAGAAAUAAUGUUUUUAAAUUUAUUCCGACUAAUGCAUACUCUCCAUGUGAUUUCAACUUGAGGGAAACAUUUCGGGCGGAUGUGGCAGAGAUUAGGAAUUGGUUAAAUGAACCUCGGUGUUUUGUAGGUGACUUAAACUCAGUUAGAAGUGAUGCCGAGAGGAACAAGAAGGAAAUGAUAGAUUUAACCUUACAUGGUGGAGCUUUUACAUGGAGAAACAAACAUGAUGAUCCAUUAUUAUGCAGGUUGGACAGAUUUCUUGUUUGCACUGCUUUUGAUGCAAAGUUCAGUAAUGCAACACAAACAACUUUGGUGAGAACUAUCUCCGAUCACAAUGCUCUUCUUUUGGAGACGAAACUGCAUAAUCUGAAAUUCUUCAUCAAAAGUUGGAGUAGACUCACUUUUGGAAAUGUAAGGAAAGAGGAGGAGGACCUAGUCGAAAAGAUUAAAACUUUAAAUAUUGCAGAAGAGAGUGCAGCUUUAAAUCCAAGUCAGAUUGAAGAAAGAGCAAGUUUGAUGCUCAAGUUGAAUAGUGUUAAAGUUACAAGAGCAAGAAUGGCUUACAAAAGGGCUAAGGUUAAGGGUUUUAAAGAAUGA